ACUUUUAUCAUCCAAUGUUUAUUAUUGCUUUGCUAUAAUUUAAUUUCACUUUAUGUAUAAAAGGACAGACAGAAUUUAACCAGCCGGUUGAUGACGGUUUAAACGUAAGCAGUCGUUCAAAGUUUUUGGUUUAAAUAGUUUAAACAACAUGGCACACAGAGACACAGCUACUAAUCAAUUACUUAAUUACAAGAAAAAGACUCAAGGGGGAGAGACUCUAACAACUGGAUAUGGUAACCCCAUCGGACAAUUCUCUUCUUUAAGCGUCGGACCCAGAGGCCCCAUUUUAUUCCAAGAUCAAAUUCUAGUCGACGAACUUUCCCACUUUGACAGGGAAAGAAUUCCCGAAAGAGUAGUACACGCUAAAGGAGCUGGUGCUUUUGGAUAUUUUGAAGUUACUAAUGAUAUCACAAAAUACACAGCAGCAAAAAUAUUUUCUUCCAUCGGCAAGAAGACCCCCUCGCUAUUCGUUUCUCGACUGUCGGUGGUGAAUCUGGGUCAGCAGACACAGUAAGAGAUCCCAGAGGUUUCGCCAUCAAAUUCUACACCGAGGAAGGCAUCUGGGAUUUGGCGGGAAACAACACUCCCAUCUUCUUUAUUAGAGACCCUAUCUUCUUCGCUAGCUUUAUCCGCACUCAGAAGAGAAAUCCACAGACCCAUCUUAAAGACCCCGACAUGUUCUGGGACUUCAUGUCUUUGAGGCCUGAGACUAUGCACCAAUUGUUAUUCUUGUUCUCAGACAGAGGUAUUCCUGAUGGAUACAGGCAUAUGAACGGAUAUGGAUCUCACACCUUCAAGUUUGUCAACAAAGAAGGCCAGGUACAUUUCUGUAAAUUCCACCACAAAACCGACCAAGGAAUACAAAAUCUCGAUGUCAAUAAAGCUUCAGACUUGUCUGCAUCAGACCCUGAUUACAGCAUUAGAGACCUAUUUAACGCCAUCGCCGAUGGAAACUACCCCUCAUGGACCACUUAUGUUCAAAUUAUGACUCCAGAACAAGCACAAAGAUCGCCAUUCGAUCCCUUCGACUUAACUAAGGUUUGGCCCCAAGGAGAAUAUCCCCUCAUCAAGUUGGGUAAAAUAGUCCUCAACCGCAAUCCCGAAAACUACUUCAGCGAGGUCGAACAGCUCGCUUUCAGCCCAUCUCACAUGGUACCCGGAAUUGAAGCCUCUCCUGACAAGAUGUUACAAGGACGUCUUUUCGCUUACAGUGACACACACAGACACCGUUUGGGUCCCAACCAUUUGCAAUUGCCAGUUAACUGUCCCUUCCAGGUUCGCAACCACCAGAGAGACGGAUUCAUGUGCACUAAAAGUCAAGGAGGUGCUCCCAACUACUUCCCUAACAGUUUUAACGGUCCAGUAACUGACCAAGUAGCAAAAGCUCUUGAACCAGCAUUUACUGUUUCUGGAGAAGCUUAUAGGUACGACACUGGUGAUGCUGAUAACUUUAGCCAGGCCCGUGUGUUCUGGCAGAAGGUACUGAACAAGGAACAACAAGACCGAUUGGUCAACAACGUAGUUGGACAUCUUUCCGGAACUCUGGACUUCAUUCAAGAAAGACAAAUAAAUCACUUUAAACAAGUAGACCAAUCACUUGGAGAGAGAAUCGCUGCUGGACUUCAAAAUAUUAAACGCACUAAGGCUAAAAUAUAAAUUUUUAUAUUGUAUACUUUUUUGUUAUGUACUUGAUUUUUAUUAUUAAUCAAGGUGUUUGUCGAGGUUUAUAAUAAUUAUAUACUUCAAGUUUU